GUCAAGAGCACGCCACCGCAGAGCAGCGUGUCCCGGAAGCGGCGGCGGCGGGGGAGGCGGAGGAAGUUCACGGUCUUGAGACUUCAAAGCGGCCUGGGGAAGAGGCGCCUUGUCGGGGUGGGGCGAGCCUGAGGAAACGGCCCAGGGUCCGGUCGCCCUAUCAGUGCCUCCUCGCCGUCCCCGCCCCUCCCCCACCAACCCAGCGACGGGGAUGCAGACCUCAGAGCGUGAGGUGUAUGGGCUGGAGGUGAGCCCCAGCGUGAAUCCUGAGGCUUCGCUGGAGUCUCCUCCUGCUCCUACCAAGUCCCCAGCAUUUGAUCUUUUCAACUUGGUCGUGUCCUAUAAGAGGCUGGAGAUCUACUUGGAACCCUUGAAAGAUGCUGGUGAUGGUGUCCGGUAUUUGCUCAGGUGGCAGAUGCCAUUGUGUUCCUUGUUGACCUGCCUGGGCCUCAACAUCUUGUUCCUCACCUUGAACGAGGGUGCAUGGUACUCAGUGGGCGCCCUGAUGAUUUCAGUACCCGCCCUGCUGGGCUACCUGCAGGAGGUCUGCCGGGCACGGCUGCCCGAGUCUGAGCUGAUGCGGAGGAAGUACCAUAGCGUGAGGCAGGAGGACCUGCAGAGAGUGCGCCUGUCCCGUCCCGAGGCCGUGGCUGAGGUGAAGAGCUUCCUGAUCCAACUGGAGGCCUUCCUGAGCCGCCUGUGCUGCACCUGCGAAGCCGCCUACCGCGUGCUGCAUUGGGAGAACCCCACCGUGUCUUCGCAGUUCUAUGGGGCUCUUCUGGGCACGGUUUGCAUGCUAUAUCUGCUGCCGCUGUGCUGGGUCCUUGCCCUGUUAAACAGCACGCUCUUCCUGGGGAAUGUGGAGUUCUUCCGAGUGGUGUCCGAAUAUCGGGCAUCUCUGCAGCGACGCAUGAACCCCAAGCAGGAAGAGAGUGCCUUCGAGAGCCCCUCACCGCCAGAUGCUGGGGGGAAGGGCACGCUGCCGGACUGCACACCUGCGCCCACGCCCACGGAGGACCUCACACCGGGCAGUGUGGAGGAGGCUGAGGAGGCCGAGCCCGACGAGGAGUUUAAAGAUGCGAUUGAGGAGACCCACUUGGUGGUGCUGGAGGAUGACGAGGGGACCCCGUGCCCGGCAGAGGACGAGUUGGCUCUACAGGACAACGGGUUCCUGAGCAAGAAUGAGGUUCUGCGCAACAAGGUGUCGAGGCUCACGGAGCGGCUCCGCAAGCGGUACCCGACUAACAACUUCGGGAGCUGUACAGGCUGCUCGGCCACCUUCUCGGUGCUGAAGAAGCGGCGGAACUGCAGUAACUGUGGAAACAGCUUCUGCUCUCGGUGCUGCUCCUUCAAGGUGCCCAGGUCCUCCAUGGGGGCCACAGUAACAUAUGCUUAUUCUAGAAGAUUUGGAAAUUACUAUACAGAAGAAGAAGGAAGAGAAAAAUAAUCUUGUAAUCUUACCCCUCAGAGAUAAUAACCACUGUUAAAAUAUUUUGGAACAUUUUCUUCUGGUAUUUCAUUUAAAAAGCAUUUUUAAAGCUCUUCUGUUGGUGCCAAAAUAAUUUCUAAUUUGUAGACCUUCUGGGAGAGGCCCACCGUUGACACGCUUCGCCCCAAAGCCCCCCAUUCCUGUAGAAAGAGAAGUCUCUGAGGGCAGGCUAGUGAGCCGGGGCAGUGAGAGGGGUGGGCUGGGUGAUGGGUGGUCUGUGUGGGCCUUUGAGGGGUGGGGAGGUGGUUCUAGUAGUUGGGGCCAUGAGCCAGAGGGCACGAGGAAGUGUCUCACCAAGUUCUUCCUCCUUUUCAGCCCCCGAAGCCCAGAGAGAGACUGUGUUUGUGUGUGCCUCGUGUAACCAGACCUUGAGCAAGUGAGAAGAGGGGUCAGGGUCCGAGCGGGCGCCUGUCCCUGGGGCCAGCAGUAGACCCCACUCUCCCCCCGCCCCUUAGCCCCACGCGGUGUGUGCUGGGCACAUGUGGCCCGAAUGCUAGGUAGGUUUCCCCUUCCCGCCCUCGCUGUCUCCAGCCGGGGUCUGGAGCGGGUCUCCACUCCCGCGGGUGGCUGGGAACGGUUGCUCUCAAAUCAUGUUUGCCCUGCUCUGCCCUGGGCUGUUAGUGGGUCAGGGCUGGGCAGGGAAUGUAAGCUAGAGGGCGGCAGGGAGCCAGGCCCAGUCUCCACGGGAAUGGUGGCGUCUCACAGGCCUGGGAGCUCUGGGAGACCAGAGGUCAGCGAUUGGGAAAAGAGGCUCUCCUCCCGCUGGGUGCUGGGCCAGCCCCUUGCCCUUUGAGAGCCAAUUCAAAGAAGGAGUUGCGCCCAGCCCCACAUGUGCUCUUUGCGUGUCCCUCCAGGCAUCAGGUUCUCAUCAUUUCCCCAGCACAGGGUGUGGCCAGGGCUGAGCAGACCAAAAGCACCUCUAGAAACAGGGUCGAAAGUCUCAGGUUCCCGCAGAGGAGGAUGUGUCUAGGAAGGCCUGGCAGAAUCCUUCAGCAUUAAGGGGAGCAAAACACGGGGAGCCCCUGCAACUCAAAGGGCCUCAGCCCACGUAUUACCCUGGUGUUUUCAGCCGGGCCAGGUAGCCGCUGGGCACUCAGAUGCCCCUGUUCAGAGUUUUGGGCACCCCUCCUCCCAUCCUCAGGCUACGAUUCCCCUCCCUGGCCCUUCAUCCUGUGGAGUCUGAGACCAGGCGGGCUGAGCAGAGGUCCUGAAGCCCUCGCCCUUUGGAGGCCUGGGAAGUGUAGGAUCUCGCCUGGCUGAGUCUCAGCUUCCAGGGCUGUUCACCAGCAGAACAGUGAGUUAUGGGACAAGGCCCCUUGGGGUCAGCCCUCCCCUCUUUCUGACAGUUUUCUGUUCACUUCUGGACUUGGCGGGGCUCAGUGGCUCUCCCUAAGCCGUGAGCAGGCUCAGGCACCCUUUUCUUCCCCAGGAGCUGCUCUGCCUUUUGGAAUUAUUUAUUUAUUUAUUUCAUGGUUCCUGGGAACAUGUGGCAUAAGGAAUGGGAUGAGGAGGAUGGGGGCUUCUCCGGCCCUGGGACCUUUCCCUGGAGUCAUGGGCUGCCUGGGACUCGGAACCCUGGGAGACAGACGUUUGUGUACGCAAAGCAGGGACCCCAGGGGGCAGCUUGAGGGAGAAAAGGAUCCUCCUAGGCCGGCUUUCUCUCCAGGCCAACCAGUCUAGGAGCCGGGGGCCUGCUCCAGGCCAGAGGGGCGAGUCCCUGGGGAACCAGGCAGGCCUUGGUGGACCCCCUUCCCCGGGCUCCUUUGUCCUGUUGAAGAGAUGAGCGUUAGGUACCUGGGCUUUAUUUACACUGGAAAGGAACUAAAAGGAUGUCUGUGUAUAUGGAGAAUUGUCAAUAAAAAGGCCUCAAGCUUCGUAUGUUUUCGUCCUGGUCCUUGCACGCAUCCUCUCCCUGAGGCUGGAGGGCCAGGUCCCCCCGAGUCCUGCUAAGUUUACAGGCCUGGGCUGUGUCUGCAGGGCAGGGCAGAGGGGCUGCAGAGGCUGAAGUCAGGUGUAAUGUGGGGGUUCAGGGGAAGCCGUGCCUUGCACAAGAGGGGCUCAGAACACGGUGCUUGUCGGAUUGACCGGAGGUGCCGUCUCGUGACCGCAUUGUGAGAGCUGGGGGGUUGGGGUUGGGACUAGAACUUGGUAAACAGUAUGCAAUGCAGGCUUUAGAAUGGAAAGAUUUUCGCUAAUCCCUCUGAGAAAGCAGAAAGGGAUCAGCUCCGGGGGAGGCUGAGAACCAGCCGGAAAAGGAGGAUUGGCUGGGAGGUGGGGAGUAGGAGCAGUUCUCUGAGAGCUGCGGUGUGGGGGUGUUGACGGGGUGCCGGCCACAUGUGUUUCGUGCACAUUUCAUUUAAUCCUCAAGAGGGCCCUAUGAAGCAGGCACUGUGUUCCUUCCCACUUUGCAGGAAAGGAAAUUGAGGCCCAGGGAAGUUUGGUGGCUGUGAAAGGCUUGGCAUGGCGCUCUGCAGACCACAGCUGGAUAGAGCAGUAUCUUCCAGAGGGAAGGCCUGAGGCAGUGAAGGCUGGGGUGGGGUGGGGUGGAAGUUGAGGUUGGGUUGCGGCCACAUCCUCAUGGCCCCAUUGCAGUGUGACUCAAGACAGCAGUGCCAGGGGGGUCCUCGUAGCCUGCUGAGGCCUUGGUCUGGGCGCUUCUGUGGUAUGGGGGACCCCCAGAAGCUCUUGGGGGGCCCCAAGAGGCAAGGAAAGAGCCAGAAUCUUGUGCCAAAACCAGAGGUCCAGAGGAACAGUAAAGAGCUGGAGGAAAGAAAAACGUGGCUUUUUGAGCAAAAGGGGACAGCAGUGACAGCACAGGAAGGAAGUGGCUGGGGCUGUGCCCUUGCUUCUGGUGGAGGGCGUGUGUCACAGCAGGUGGGUUGGAGGGAUGCUGGGGAUCAUCUGGUCCAGCCCCUCACUGUGGGCGCCACAUCACACCCAUCCGAAGAUGCACGUCCCCCGCAGCAUUAGAGGAUGGAGCCGGAACAGACUUCCCUUAGAGCCGGAGGAGCCACUUGCACUAGCAUCCCGGGGGCAUCCCCGGGGCAGCAGAGGCAGGCACUGCAACAAGCCGGUUCCAUGCUGGGCCCUGUUCUACCAUCAGCCGCACUGUGCUGGAGUAGGUUGCUGCACGGGCCUUGCCCUAAGCCUUUCUCUGCUUUCCUCUACCUCGUAUGGCUGCUGUGAAGGUUAAAUAAGGGAGUCCACUCCACGUGGGAAGUGAGGUGCCUGGCACACAGUAAAUGCUCAAUAAAUGCUAGCUCAUUUCUAGGCAGUCUUCAGAAAUGGCACACCCAACUCUGCCCUAAAUGGCUUAGAACAGCAAUUUAUUUAUUUAUUUAUUUUAAACCAGAGAAUAAUCACAGAUUAUUAUUCAGGAAAGAAUGAGGCCAGAGUGUAGUUUGAAAAAGCAGAGUCAAUAUUUUAUGUUGGAAAAUGAAAACAAUGUCAAAUGUUGGUGAAAUACAGACUGGAACAUGCGUAGCUUUCAGAUGCGGGAUACAGGGGUGUGAGAAACCUUUCAUUAUCUGGGGUCAGUGGCCUCACAGAAGGAAAGCCACCUCCUUGUCCCCUUGAGGUACAUGUGAGGUCCUCAGAGGAGGCCACCAAAAGACAACUUUAAAGUGCAGGUGCCCCUGGGAAAAUGAAGCCAUGGAGGAAUUUAUAGGGAUUGAACUGUGCCUCCCAGCUGCCUGGGGGUCCACAGCCUAGAGAGGACCGAAGGUGGGAUGGCCUGGAAAGCAGGUGGUUUGUUAAAGAACUGGAUGCUUGGUUUGGAAGAUGCCUCCAGCUUGUUCUCAGGCCCCCAGGGAAGGGACGGUAGCCAGGUCUGUGACAGCUCUGGGACCUGCUGGGGCAGAGCUGGAUGGACUGCCAGACACCACAGUCUGGCUUCGGUUGGGGCCUCUGUCCCUUCUUUCAUGGGUUGGUAGUGGCGGGGAGCAGCCUCCAGUGAGCCCUGCCAGACCACAAACUGGCUGUGAUUUAGGGGUCUUCCGGGAUUUGCAGUCAUUGAUCACCUGGCCUCAGAAUGGAAGCCAGUUGAAGCUCCAUUUUCAUCCCUUUGUCUCCAUGGAACCUUCGAGGCAUACCUUUGGAGGGGCCCUGGCCCUAGCAUCUACCCUGUAGCUGGGGGCUCUAAGAUCAUGGUAAUACCCACGUUUAUUGAACACUUGUGCUGAGCAGUGUGCUGAGCGUGUCAACUCAUGUAAACCUCAUGAUGAUCCCCCAAGCUAGGUAUUAUUAACUGCAUUUAACUGAUGAGUAAGUGGAGGCCUCGGGAGGUUCAAUAACCUGCCCAGGGUCACACAGCUGGUAAGAGUUGCGAUGGGAACUGUGCCGCAGGUGCUCGUGGGUGCCUCAUAGACAAACUAGGUCACAGAGCAGUCCCGGCUGCCACCUCCCCUCUGUUUCGCCUUGCCCCCACUAGCUCCAGGAGCUUCUGAGCCACUGAGCUAAUGGGAAGGCCCUGCCCACCACCAGCCCUAGCAAAAUGGGCUCAGCCUCGAGAGGGGAACAGAGGCAGCCUUGUGGCAGGAGCUCCCCCAGCUCCCAGCACCGCCCCACCUCCUUGGCCGGGUCUGUUUCAACACCCAGAGCAGCACAUUCCAUUCUCUGGCACAGCUGGGGGUGGGGGAUUCCGGAUCCCCCCUGGCCCCAGCAGGGCCUGCUGUCUGGGCUGAGACACUGGGUCCCAGCCACACACAUUCCAGCAGCAACCACCCCCCACGUUGGAUUUCCCAAGGAGUGAACUUUAGCCAGGAUUACAGCCGACUAAACAGUUGUGGGAUGUGAGCUUCCUUUGUGGGAUCCAAGGGCUGGAUGCUGACGGGGCCGAGAUGGGAGGAGAGGUGAGGGGGGUGGGCUGCCCUGGGUUCCUGGACCAAAGCCACGGUCCAAGGGCCCUUGGAGUGGGGUCUGAGCAGGGCUCCCAGAAAUCUCCCUGUGAAGCAGGGUAGCAGAAGCACAGCUGCCUGUCCACCACUCCUGCCCACCUGUCCUUGGCUUUGCCCCCUGCAGGCAGUAGUGCAGGGGUUAAGAGCAUGAUGUCAGAUCCAAGCCUCACUCACCACUAAGUACAGCAGUGUGUCCUUCAACAGUCAUUAACCUCUCUGAACCUCAGUCUUUUCAUCAUUAAAAUGGGAAUAAUGGAGUUCCCGUUGUGGCUCAGUGAUCACAAACUCCUCUAGUGUCCACAAGGAUGCCGUUUUGAUCCCUGGCCCUGCUCAGUGGGUUAAGGAUCCAGUGUUGCUGUGAGCUGCAGUGUGGGGGAAGGACGCAGCUUGAAUCUGAUGUUGCUGUGCCUGCAGUGUAGCCUGGCAGCUGCAGCUCCAAUUCAGCCAGUAGCCUGGGAACUCCCAUGUGCCACGGGUGCAGCCCUAAAAAGAAAAAAAUGGGAAUAAUAAUCGUACGUUAGAUGCCAAAGUGCUUGGAGUCGUGCCUGCCCCCCAGCACGGGCAGGGGAUGUAUUGAGUCCUGCCGCAGUGUUCUUUGUCCUCUCUCCUCUGCGGCCUUCCGCACCACCUGGGGAUGUAUUUUCUGAUGCAAACCCCCAAAUGUAGAUUCUCUCCUCUUUCUGGAAGUGACAGGAUAAGAUAUUCCUAUGUUUCCCUACCUCCUUGCCAGUAGCAUUUCUUAGUCAAUUAACAAGUCAGUUAGAAAUUUGCUAAGCACUUAUUAUGUGCAGGCCUUGUGCUAGGUCAGGGCCUUUGGUUAAUAAAGAUACUAAUUACCAUUUAAUGAGCAUCUUCUAAAGGCUGGGCAUUGUUUCUAGGUUUUUUUUUUUUUGCCUUUUCUAGGGUCACACCCACGGCAUAUGGAGGUUCUCAGGCUAGGGGUCUAAUCGGAGCUAUAGCCCGGGCUACACCACAGCCACAGCAACGCAGGAUCCGAGCCACGUCUGUGACCUACACCACAGCUCAUGGCAAUGCCGGAUCCUUAACCCACUGAGCGAGGCCAGGGAUCGAACCCGCAACCUCAUGGUUCCUGGUUGGAUUCUUUAACCACUGAGUCACGUCGGGAACUCCCUGUUUCUAGGUAUUUUUCAUACAUUUCCCUACUUGACACUCAGCCACCCUGUGAAGUAGACAUGAUGACAAUAUUUUCCAGCUGGGCAAUGUUCCCAGUGUCAUAUGGUCAUUAAGUCACAGCACUGGAACCCAGAACCCGUCUCUGUUGCCGCUUCUCGCCCGAUCCUGAGCCUGAUGGGCCUGCCCCACGUCCCUCCUGUCUGCUGCCAGAACUCUCAUUUUGUACCCAGCCGAAGCACUUGACUUCCUCCACUCCUUGCAACCGGGACUGGCCAUGUGACUUCGUUCUGGCUGCUGAGCGAGAAGUGGAAAUCUACCAGGUGGGACUUGUUGGGAAAUUACUGUUUUCCUGAUCCAAAGGGCCAGAGGCAGCUGACGCGCUGCUUUUGCUCUUAGCGCUUCCCCGCCUUGCUCCUUGGAAUGUGGCUGAGGCACUGGGAGGAGGUGGCAUCAGCCUGUAACCCCGAGAACAAAAGCCAGGCCCUGGCAGAGCAGGAAGACAGGAUGAGCCUGGACCUCCCACCUCCAGAGCUCUUGUGUGGGGCAGCCCUGCUGUCUGGGGGGGGGGGUUUCUGCCCCACGCUGUCAGAUGCCAUCAAUACUCAGCCCAGCGGUGGCGGCUCCUUGGGCAGCAUCAGCCAGGAGGGAGUGUUUGGGGAUGAAGGGGAGUGAAGGGUGGGCUCAGUCCUUGCAGGGGCCCCCUGGUCUUUGGUCCAGGGGAGGGAGGGACAGCUGGUGGUGGGGACAGAGCAAUGUGUAGAGCGGGGGCCUGACCCUUUGCGGGGUGGGUGAGGAGUGCCUCCUUGCUGAGACCUCUCAGGAUGGCUGAGGGAGCCCUCCUCAUCUUGCUCCCACCCCCACCCCCGCCGCCAGCACCUGACAGAGGUCAGUAUUGUGCUCUGGCCAGAAGCAGCUGAGUCCUGUGUGUUCAGUGGAAAAAUAAUCCCUGGUCCUGGUUGACCAUAGAAGUGUCCAUAAAUAUUUGGUCGGGCCAGGAGGCUGGGAGACAAGGGGUGGAUUCAGGGAGCCAGGUGGGCUGGGCGGGCUUGGGCGAGGGUGGGGGGCAGUGGCUUCCUCAGGGGUGAAGAGAAACAAGCUGGCCUCUGCCACUCCUGACCUGUGGUGGGGCCACCUGACUGCCUAGGGAGGUGAUUUACAGGCAGGCUCUCAGACCACCUGUCAGCCUACACUGGCCCCUUAUUUCUCUGCGGCAGCGUGCUUCUCCGAGAGCCCAGGAAGCAAGCCAGGGUUUUCCUCACCUUGAGCGGCUGUGGCUCCAUGGUUCUGGAGGAACAGCAAGCUCCAUGGUUCUGGAGGAUGUGGCAGCCCAGCUGGUGAGGAAAGCCCUCUGGGGUGACGCAGUCGCCUGCUCUGGGUACAUCUGCCUGGUCCCUCAGCCUCUGCCGAUGGUCCCCUCCCCAGCCCUCUUUCCUGGCACCACCCUUCCCAAACUCUGGAUGUUUUGAGCAGCAGCAACCUGUGGCUUCCAUUUCAAGCCUACUCCCCUAGCUGCCCCAUCCAGCUCACACCUCCAUCGGAGCUGAGCUCACUGAAGAAGCCCCCUCAGGCAUUUGAGCUGGUCCCCUCUUGCAUGCAGGACCAAGACCCAGCCUGAGGUCCCCUCAGCCCCUGGACCUCCUGCCUCAGCUGCGGUCUCAACUGGAUGGAGGUUCUGAACCCUGGCUGCACAGCACCCCAGGAGCAUCUAGUAAUGCCUUCUUCCUUCCUUCCUUCUCUCUCUCUUUAUUUCUUUUUGGUGUCUUUUUGCCUUUUCUAGGGCCGCUUCUGCGGUGUAUGGAGGUUCCCAGGCUAGGGGUCGAAACAGAGCUAUAGCCACCGGCUUAUGCCAGAGCCAUGGAAACACGGGAUCCGAGCCGCAUCUGCAACCUACACCACAGCUGAUGGCAAAGCCAGAUCCUUAACCCACUGAGCAAGGCCAGGGAUUGAACCUGCAACCUCAUGGUUCCUAGUCGGAUUCGUUAACCACUGCGCCACAACGGGAACUCCUAGUAAUGCCUGAUUUCUGAGCACCCUCCAGAGGUUCAGAUUUAAUUGCUUUAGAGUAGGCCCCAGUAUUACGUAAAGGGUCCCUAGAUGGUUCAAAGGUUUAUGUGUUAAAAUGCAGGCCUAGGGUGGGGCCUGAGCUUCUGCAUUUCUCACCAGCUCCCAGGUGAUACUGACGCUCUGGUUCAGGGACCAGCUUGGAGUAGCACCUGCCCACACCAUCUACAGGUCCAGUGCCCAGGGGGUGUUUGAGUUCUGGGGUGUAGGUGUUUAGGUCUCUGGCUCCUCAGGGUAGUUCCCUGUGGCCCAGCCUUUUGGGGCCCAGACUGUACUGGGCAGAUGCCACAGGACCGUGGGAGCCUUCUGGUUGUGGCAGAGGCUGGGAACUUGGCAUCUCUGUCCUUCCUCUGAGACAAAAGGACAGUCAUCUUCAUCACGUAGCCUCAUUGUGGGCAUGAGAAGGGUAACUCUUGCUCUAUGCUCUCGGGGAAUCCUACAAAAACACAGGCAUUCCAAGUAUGUGUGUGUGGACAGGCCGUGGGUGACAAAAGGGCCUCUUAAAGUCCCUUCUGAUCACCUCCCCCCGCCCCGCCCCCGGCCCAGGAACCAGCUGACAGAGAUCACCUGGUCAAAACCAACUGUUUUGUUUUCUUUGAUUUAAUUAAAAACUUAAAAAAAAAAAAAAAA